AUGCGCGUAAAACACUCGACGGUGCUGGAGGCCUACCAGAAGCUCGGGCUGAAUGAGGGCGAUUCGCUCGAGACGGUGAAGACGAAGUACAAGCAGGUCGCACUCAGGACGCACCCUGACAAGAACCCCGACAAUCCAGACGCGACUGCGCUCUUCCAGGAGGUCAGCGAAGCAUACAGUGUCCUCCUCAAACACCUCGACACAUCUGCACCCCAAUCCCGCCACUACCACCCCUACGGGUACGACGACGAUGACGGCGACGAUGAAUACGAUAGCGAAGAGUACGACGAGUACGACUACUACUCUGAUUACGAUGAUGACUACUAUUCGGACGACGACGAGAUGGAGUUCUUCAUGUACCUCUUUGAGGAGCUCAUGCAGAACCGUGCGAGCCGAUUUGCGCAUGCGCACUUCCACCAUGCGAACAUGUACAAGCCUCCAGCCGAGACACCCCAAGAAUUCCAAGCGCGCAUCAGCAAGCAGCGCGAGGAGCAGAUUAUUGCAGAGGAACGGCGCCAGAGAGAGGCUGCCGCUCGCAAGGCGCGCGCCGAACAAGAACGUGAAGCAGAACGUGCCGCCGCUGAACAGCGGCAGAAGGCCAAGGUCCAAUCGAAGAAGGCGCAGGCACAAGCACAACGCACCAAGGGCGAAAACGCCGCUCGUGUGCAGAAGCAGAAGGUGCAAGCCACGCGCUCCGCCGCCUUCGCCGCCGCAAGGAGCGGGGACGCGGAGGCGGUGAAGAAGGCCGUUUGGGAGGAUAGCGUGGAUCCUACGGGUGGCGAGGUUCAGUCCGGAUGCGAGGAGUUCGUGGAGAUCUUGCCAGCGGACGGGCAGGAGACACUGCUGCAUAUCGCGGUGAAGAGGGGCGACAUGGAGCUGGUGAAGUGGUUGGACGAGCAUAGCGCCGACGCGGAAGAACGCAAUUCCUCUGGACACACUGCCUUCCAUAUCGCGCUUCAGCAUGGCCACGUCUCCGUCGCCACUUACUUCCUUGACACCUACCCGCCCUCUGAGGAGGACCACGAAGGCGUGUACUCCGUCCCCGACGGCGCGCGCCGCCCGCUGUUGCUCGCCGUCGACGCCAACGAGCCCGAGCUGGCGUACUUGCUGCUGGAGAAAAAGUUAGCGAACGCAGACGACGCGCGCGAAGCAUUGGCAUACGCGCGGUCGGAUGCGGGUCGCGCGGUCAUUCUGGGCCUGCCUACCAAGUCUGGUGGUCACGGCAAGGCGAAGAGCAAGGGGCAAACAAAUGCGACUGCUCAAGAGAAAUACGGCGACAUGUUGGAGCUCUUGGUUCGCUACGGCGGGGCGGCGAAGGCGCCUGACUUCGCAGAGGUCGACGAGGAGAAGGACGCAGGCGAAGACAGCGAGAGCGCCAGCGGCUCGAACUUGGGCUCGACACCCAGCGCAGCGAACGCCUCGCAGUCCAGUGGGCGGCCUUCGCCGCCAAAUGCCCGCAAUGGCCACUCCUCUCACUCAAACGGCCAUUCCAACAAGCGCCCACCGCGCGCGCGGCCGAAUGGAUCUGCAAACAGCCAGUCAUGGCGCUCGCCUGCCACUGACGACACCUCGCGCCCCUCGUCGCAGCAGUCUUCUUACCGUGGACGCGGAAACGGCAAGCCGCGCGGUCGUGGCCGUGGGCGGGGGCGGGCCACUGGCAGGGGUGGCAGGGGCCAUGCCUACGUGUAG